AUGCAACUCGAGAGCAGCAUCUACUUCUACCUGGUGGUCAGGAUUCUUUGUGUGGUCAACUGCUUAGUGAUGUUGUUCUGCGUCGCAUUGUCCUCCGGAUGGACAAGCCGGUUAGCCGCCAUUAUCGGUCUCAUGUUCAACCUGGUCUCAUUACUUUUUGUCGGUGGCGCGAUCGGUACAUUAUUCGUAUGGAAAUUAGAUGAAAUGUCACUGCCAAAGCGCUCAUUAUUCAUGUUGGUAUUCAUGCUGACAUCUAUUAUAACGGGCACACUGUUUUUCGUCGCUCCUGGAACAUGUGAUUCAUUCAAUCGUUACGGAUGCUUUCAAACAUAUUAUAAUGGUACCUACAAAAUUGCCGGGGCAUUCGCUUUCGUCUCUGUGGUCUUUGCUUUAGUAGAUAUGGCACUGAAUUUUAUAUUCUACUUCCGGAGUUAUGGUGUAGCGCCAGUGCAAUCGUCAUUUCCCACUCAACAAGAUGAGCCAAGAAUAGUUUCACCUACACCAUCGAUACUAAAACGGACGGAAGUGUCUACCAUCAGCAAUGAAGACUUAUUUCAACAAUCACCUCGCAUGUACACAGGUCAUAGCACUGAGGUCUAG